GCCUGAACCCGGCCGCCAUCAAUGACCCCAGCCGCGGACCUUUUCCAGGCCGGCCAGUCCGUGUCUUGUCUCACUGUCCGUGUUUGAUAUUGAAUCAUGGGGAGGAAGCUGGACCUGUCCGGCUUGACGGAUGAUGAAACAGAGCAUGUCCUCCAGGUGGUUCAGAGAGACUUCAAUCUUCGAAAAAAAGAGGAAGAACGACUAAGUGAGAUGAAGCAAAAGCUGGACGAGGAAGGCAGCAAGUGCAGCAUCCUCUCAAAGCACCAGAAGUUCGUGGAGCACUGCUGCAUGCGCUGCUGCUCGCCCUUCACCUUCCUGGUCAACACCAAGCGCCGCUGUGGGGACUGCAAGUUCAACGUCUGCAAGAGCUGCUGCUCCUACCAGAAGCACGAGAAGGUCUGGGUCUGCUGCGUCUGCCAGCAGGCCAGACUUCUGAGGACUCAGUCUCUGGAAUGGUUCUACAAUAAUGUGAAGAGCCGCUUCAAGCGCUUCGGCAGUGCCAAGGUCCUAAAAAACCUGUACCGGAAACACCGGCUGGAGAGCGGUGCCAGCUUGGACAUUCUAGGAGGAGGCUUUUUUGAGUCUAACCUGGAGAAUGAAGGAAGCAUUUCAGGCAGUGACUCAACAUUUUAUAGGCAGUCAGAAGGACACAGCAUGAUGGACACCUUGGCCGUCGCCCUACGAGUAGCAGAAGAGGCCAUUGAAGAAGCCAUUUCCAAAGCCGAGGCCCAUGGGGACAGUCUGGACAAGCAGAACGAGGCCAGUUACCUGCGGGAUCACAAGGAGGAGCUAACUGAGGAGCUGGCCACCACAAUACUGCAGAAGAUCAUAAGGAAGCAGAAAAGCAAAAGUGAGCAGCAAGUGGAAGAGGAGCCCGAGUGGCCACAGCCCCAGAGCUGCAGCUCCAAGAAGGCGGACAAGGGGGACGCCGCCUCCCCACCAGGCCACCAAGCACUCCCCACCCUCUGGCGCUCCCAGUCUGCAUUCUCAUUCUCUGGUGAAGAUAUCCUGAAGCCCUCUUCCCAGGAGACUGUGUCAAGGCACCCGAGGCACUGGAGCCAGCAUCAAAAGAAGGAGUCUGCUCUGACCAGCUGGAAGAGCAUGGAUGGGCUGGAUGGAAAAAGUCCGGUUCCAGUGUUGCAGAGCCCGGAUGGGAACUGGGUGGCUCUGAAGGACGGUGCUCCGCCCCCAACCCGCCUGCUGGCCAAACCUAAGAGUGGGACGUUCCAGGCCCUGGAGGUGGCUUCCAGUGUGGCAUCUGCCUAUGAUGAGAUGGGCUCCGAAAGCGAGGAGGACUAUGACUGGAGUGAGGUUUUAAGCAAGCUAUGUCCGCAGUCCCAGGGUCUGCCCAGGCACCCCCAGGCACAGCCUGCACAGGCCCAGGGCGCUGACCAAGGCCCCUCAGCCAUCUCCUUAUCUGGGCUCUCCCCCAACCCUGAGGCUAUGUGCUCUGACUCAGAGACCUCCUCAGCAGGCUCUUCCCGGGAUGCUGGGCACAGGACCAGACUGUCCUGGAUGCAGAGGAAGGUCCCCAAGAACCCCGCAGCAGAGAAGAUGCGUCUACAGGGAGAGCUGGACGUGAACUUCAACCCCCAGGUGGCCAGUGGAGAGACCUCAGACAGCAGCGAGCCAGAGGAGGCCCCACACACUGUAGACCGGCGGGCCAGGCGGUGGAGAAGGGCCCGCGUGGGCUCAGAGGAGCCAAACAAGGAACCAUCUUCCACCAGUGCCCAUCCCCAGGUAACAGACUGCACCCCUAUAUCAGGGGAUGUAUCAGAGACGGACAUCAGCAAUGAGGCUCAGAAUUCUCGGACCAGCACAGACACCCAGGAGGAGAAGCUGAGAAAUAGGUUGUACGAGUUAGCAAUGAAAAUGAGUGAAAAGGAGACUUCUUCGGGGGAGGAUCAGGAGUCUGAGCCCAAGACGGAAUCUGAGAACCAAAAGGAAAGUCUGUCUUCUGAAGAGAACAACCAUAGUGUCCAGGAAGAGCUGAAAAAGAAGUAUUCUGCUGUUUCUCUCUGCAACAUCUCCACAGAAGUCCUGAAAGUCAUCAACGCCACAGAGGAGUUGAUAGCAGAGUCUACAGGGCCCUGGGAGCUCCCACCAGUCCCUUCUGACCGAGAAAAGGGGACGUUUCCUCUUGGGACAGACCAAGUGAAACUGGAUGAACAGCUGACUUCCCUGGAAGAAAACGUGUACCUGGCAGCUGGCACUGUGUAUGGGCUGGAGGGCCAGCUGAGUGAGCUGGAAGAUGCUGCCCGCUGUAUCCACAGUGGCACUAAUGAGACUGAGUUGGAGGCUCUGGAGGACCAGGUGGCGACAGCUGCAGCGCACGUCCACCAUGCUGAGCUCCAGAUUUCUGAUAUCGAAAGCCGGAUUUCAGCCCUGACCAUUGCAGGCUUAAACAUAGCACCGUGUGUGCGCCUCACAAGAAAACGGGAUCAGAAGCAAAGGAACCAGGUACAAACCAUAGACACAUCAAGGCAGCAGAGGAGGAAACUACCCGCUCCGCCAGUGAAAGCUGAAAAAAUGGAGGCAUCUUCAGUGACCACCAUGAAAACAUUUAACCACAACUUUAUCCUCCAAGGCUCCUCAACCAACGAGCCCAAAGAAAGGAAAAGCCCCGCCAAGGAUUUGAUGGAGCCCGCCCUGGAGUCUGCUGCCCUGUAUUAACGCCACCGGAGCUCCACUGCCAGUGACCCACUGCCUCCGGCCAUACACAACAGUG